AUGGUGGACAACAAAGUAAGGAAUGGCACUCCUCUGUACACAAGAGAGGAUGUUGAUAUUAUGUUGGACAAAUCUUUCAAAAAGUACUCAGAUAGGAUCAAUAAGAAAAAAGUCUAUAUACCAUUCUACAACGCAUUCACUCAGUCAAACGGUGUCUCAGCAGCAACUCAAUCAGACACUGUCACCCGUGAACCAGUUAUUUUCACCUCCACUCAAACAUAUAUUGUCACUUCCACUCAAUCAAACAGUGUCACUACCACUCAAUCAGACACUCGUAAUGGCAAGGGUCAUCAACGACCAUCAUCUGAUGAUGUACACCAUUCACCAGUCAAACAACCAAAGAUAUCUGCCCUAAACCUAGCAAAUUCAAGGACACAACAUAAACAGAGCCGUGCCAACUCAUCCGAGGACGACACUACAUCAGAAGACGAGGCAGACCGAGCCAAAGUACUUGGGGUUGAUCCAUGGGACCACCAUCCAGUAGUCAAAGAGGGUACCCUUGUUAUGGCCAGGUCCACCGAUCCUGCCCAUCUAAACAUCUUCCGGAAAGGAGUAGUUGUGAGGGACAAGGGUGGUGUCAUCAACGUCACCUUUCAAGGUGCUACUGAACACAAUGAAGAUGUUCAACGUGAAUAUGUAUAUGGUGUGGAGCUUCAAAAGGCAAUAACAAGUAUCUAG